AGGUGGUGGUUGGUUAAAAAAAUGAGAAAGAGAAGGAGAGAGAGAGAUGGGAAAUAGAGAGGAGGGUAGGUGUGAGAUUUGACCAAACUACCACAUAGGGGGGAGAGAGUAAGAAGAAGGCAGCCAUCCCAUUGUGUGAGAAACUUCCCACCACUUCCCCCUACCUCCCCUUCCCCCCACCCCCCCCUUCCUCUUUCCACUUUCUUCUCCUCUCAUUAUAUAUAUAUAUAUACACCUAACCAACCCUUCCCCAUUCCCAAAUCAGCUCCCAAAUCAGCUCCCAAAUCAUCUCCCAAUCACCUCAGCAAGCAGCGCUUCCAAUACACACAAAAUCCAAAUCCAAAUCCAUUUCUCAGCACAGCCAAUUCACCAUGCACUCUCUUAUCCCCACCUCCUCCUCCGCCUUCGCCCCUUCCCACUCCCUCUUCAGGCCCACUCGCCCUCCCACCUCCGCCCGCCCCUUCUCCAUCCAAUGCUCCUACCGAUACGACCCUCUCACCUACCCCAAUGCCGUCGGCCCCUCCCGCGCCGACUGGCAGAGCUCCUGCGCCAUCCUCUCCAGCCAGGCCCAGAUCAUCUCUCAGGAGGAUCCCCAAUCCCAAUCCCAAUCCCAAUCCCAAUCCCAAUCCCAAUCCCCUGCUGCUGACCACAUCCCCUCUCUCAACGGCCACAACACCACCCUUGAGAAUCUCAACCUUGUGCCCAUCCAAACCCUCCACGACUCCACCGCUCUCAAGCCCCAACCCAAGCCCCUCUCCAUCACCGACCUCUCUCCCGCCCCUAUGCACGGCUCCAAGCUUCGCGUCGCUUACCAAGGCGUUCCUGGUGCCUACUCCGAAGCCGCUGCUGGUAAGGCCUACCCUGACUGCGAUGCCAUCCCUUGCGACCAAUUCGAGGUCGCCUUUCAAUCCGUUGAGCUCUGGAUCGCCGAUCGUGCUGUUCUCCCUGUCGAAAACUCCCUCGGCGGUUCAAUCCAUAGAAAUUACGAUCUCCUCCUCCGUCACAAGCUUCACAUCGUCGGCGAAGUCCAACUCCCUGUUCAUCACUGCCUUCUCGCCCUACCAGGCGUCCGAAAAGAGUAUCUAACUCGCGUCAUUUCCCAUCCACAAGCCCUAGCUCAGUGCGAACACACUCUCACCAAACUCGGCCUCAACGUCACACGCGAGGCCGUCGACGAUACUGCCGGCGCCGCUGAGUUCGUUUCCAUCAACAACCUCCGCGACACAGGCGCAAUCGCUAGCGCCAGAGCCGCAGAGCUUUACGGCCUCGACAUCUUGGCGAAUGAAAUCCAAGACGACUCCGGCAACGUAACGCGAUUCGUGAUGCUAGCAAGAGAACCAAUCAUUCCCCGCACAGAUCGACCGUUCAAGACCAGCAUCGUCUUCGCUCACGAGAAAGGAACCUCCGUCCUGUUCAAGGUUCUUUCAGCCUUCGCGUUCAGGAACAUCAGCCUGACGAAAAUCGAAUCGCGGCCGCACCGGAGCCACCCGAUCAGAGUGGAAGACGGCGCCAACGCCGGCACGGCGAAGCACUUCGAGUAUCUGUUCUAUGUGGAUUUCGAGGCGUCCAUGGCGGAGCCUAGGGCUCAGAACGCACUGGCAGAGGUUCAGGAGUUCACCUCGUUCCUGAGGGUAUUGGGAAGUUAUCCCAUGGACAUGACCCCAUGGAGUCCUUCUCGUGAGGAUUAGCUCCUUUUUCUUUAAUUCUAUUUGUCAUUGUUUUAAUCAACUCACCCUUCAUACCCUUUCUUAUUUUUUGGACCACCAAAAACAGAGAUUUAUAAAUUGUAAUAUUCAAAAUUUCUAUAAUUUCUCUCCAUUUAUUACGUCAUUAUUCCUAUUUAA